GCAACACAGGUAUCGGGGCACGCUGGGGGCCAAAAGUAGGGCCAACUGGUUACAGUUUGUCCACUGUUGGGUGGCUGGGUUGGUGACAGAGAGCUGAGGAAAAGUUCAAACACACCAAAAGUUGCUUCAGUUAUUAUCCAUCCGUAUGAAUCAUAAUAGUCAAUAAGGCGAGCUGGACACGAACGCCGCACCAUAAUGGCUGUGGGCAAACUCCUGGUGAUCGGCGCGACAAGCUCAACUGGCCAACUCAUCGUGAAGCGAGGCAUUGAGCCGGGCUGGAUAGCCAGUGUUCUUGGCAGGCGUACGCUGCCAGAGCAGGCAAGCAAUGCAGCCAUUCAGGUCAGGGCGGGGCCUAACUUCGAGGGCUCCAUAGACGAUGAAACCCUUCUGACUACAGCCAGUCGAGGCCAAGAUGCCAUAAUCUCAGUCGUUGGCCCUUCCAGGCCCCCAGCCUCGGCCACCAUCUUCGUCCCAGCCUACAAGCGUAUCCUUUCGGUCAUGAAGACUGAAGGUACUCAUCGCAUCAUCUCACUCAGCACUUUCAGCGUCUACGACCCGAACGACAAAGCGACCCUGGCUCGUUGGUGUCUCACCACCUUGAUGUGGGCCAUGGCACAUCGUGUGUGGAAAGCUAUAGUUGAUAUCGCUGGCGUCUUUGAAGCUGACGGGGGCGACCUUGACUGGACGCUGUUCCGCGUCGGUUUCCUGCGCGAUGGUGCUGCGGGAGAGGCUGUGGAUGGUUAUGUUGGCGAUGGAAUCGUCGGCCUGUCGGUCAAACGAGCCGAUGUCGCCGAGUGGCCGUUGGAAUAA